UACUCUUCUCUUUCUCAGAAGCUGCAGAACCAAAAUCAAAGCCGCCAUAAAGACAGUGACGAGAAACUUUGUUUUGUAGUCAUAUAGUCGUCACGAUGACUGUGUUUCUCCAUGAAUCACACUUCAGGAAAGGAUACAGAGCACUCACCUGAAAAUUUAGACAAACAAUUUUAGAAGAAAAAAACCGAAGAGAAGUGACAAAAAAAGAACGAAGAGAGCGAGAGAGAGAGAGAGAGAGAGAGAGAUGACGAAAAACGGCGUCGUGACAGGAGGAAGAGGAGGUCGUGCUGUAGUGGUGGGUGUGAAGUUCGAUGCGGCGAGCAGUGAGCUGCUAGAUUGGGCUUUGGUUAAGGUUGCUGAACCGGGUGAUACAGUGAUCGCUCUUCACAUUAUCACCAACGCAGGCGACGACUCUUCGUUUGUCUCUCUUGUUAAAACUUUCGACUCUGUUCUUGAAGCUUAUGAAGGUUUCUGCAAACUGAAACAGAUUGAGCUGAAGCUGAAACUAUGCCGAGGCUCUUGUACUCGAAAGGUUCUUGUUAGAGAAGCAAAGCUAUGUCAUGGAUCCAAAGUUGUAGUUGGAGUUUCCAAAAGCUGUAGCCACUCAUCUGUCUCCGUGGCUAAGUACUUAGCCAGGAAACUGUCAAAAGACUGCUGGGUUCUGGCUGUCGACAACGGGAAAGUCAUGUUUCAGAAAGAUGGUUCCUCAUUGAAAGGAAAAGGCAAUGCACAUAGGAACACUUUGUCUAGCUUCUUUCAGAUGCAUAAGAAUACCAAAGUAGUUAACAGUUGGGAGGAGGAGGAGGAGGAGGAAGAAGCAGAGUUGGAUCGUUCCAAUGGCCGUAGUCUACGGCAGGCUUUAGUGUCUUCCUGCCUUGGGAAUCGUUUUGUCUGUGGAGAUCUAUCUAGAUCAUCUAGUUGUAAUGACGAUCAAUAUGAUAAUGCUGAUGAGUUCCACAAGUCAAAAAUGGCCAUUGAGCCAGUGAAGGUUCCAGAAGAUUUGACCAGAUUCAUCACUAUGCUGGUCAACGAACUGCCUGAGUUUAGACCAGGCUGGCCUUUGCUCUGUCGUGUAGCUUCUCCAGACGUGUUAGCUAAUGUCCCGAGAAGCUAUUCCUUCAGACAGAUACCAGUUGCCCAGUGGGUCCUCAAGCUCCCCUCUAGGACCAAUUCUCUUGUUAGUAGCAGUACUUCAGAAGCUAAGCAGUUGUCUACUAGCUUAAACAAUGAAAGUCUAGAUGGUAAUGAUUCUAUGAUCGUGAAGGGUCUUCAUGAGAGGUUCUCCACAUCUUGCCGAUCUUUUAAGUACAAAGAACUUGUUUCAGCUACAUCCAGUUUCUGCCCUGAUAAUUUCAUCGGAAAAGGAGGAAGCAGCAGGGUUUAUAGAGGCUAUCUUCCCAAUGGAAGAGAGGUUGCAGUGAAAAUUCUCAAGCAGACCAAAGGCGUCUUGAAGGAUUUUGUGGCGGAGAUUGACAUCAUCACGACGUUGAACCAUAAGAACGUUAUAUCCCUCUUGGGUUACUGCUUUGAAAACAAUAACCUCUUGCUUGUGUACAACUAUCUCUCAAGAGGAAGCCUUGAAGAGAAUCUUCAUGGCAACAAGAAAGAUCCGGUUGCAUUUCGUUGGAACCAGAGAUAUAAGGUGGCUGUGGGAAUAGCUGAGGCGUUGGACUAUCUGCAUAACAAAGCUCCACAACUUGUUAUUCACAGAGAUGUUAAGUCAUCGAACAUAUUGCUGUCUGAUGAUUUUGAGCCACAGCUUUCUGAUUUUGGGCUUGCGAAGUGGGCUUCGGUAUCUACAACGCAGAUCAUCUGCUCUGAUGUUGCAGGCACCUUUGGGUACUUAGCUCCAGAGUACUUUAUGUAUGGUAAGAUGAACGAUAAGAUAGAUGUGUACGCAUACGGUGUUGUACUCCUCGAGCUUCUUUCUGGAAGAAAACCUGUUAGUAGCGAGUCUCCAAAGGCUAGAGAGAGUCUUGUUAUGUGGGCGAAACCAAUUCUGGAUGAUAGAGAUUAUCCUCAGUUAUUAGACCAGAGUUUGCUUAAUGACAACGAUGGUGACCAGAUGGAGAGGAUGGCGUUAGCAGCCACUCUUUGUAUAAGGCAUAACCCACAAUCUAGGCCAGAGAUGGGAAUGGUUUUAAAUCUUCUUAGAGGUGACGUGGAGAUGCUAAAAUGGGCAAAGGAACAAGUUAGCAACGGCUUAGAGGAUUCAAAGCUGCUGAAAGACGAGAAACUGAAGAGGUCUAAUCUACUACAGUCACAUCUUAAUGUAGCGUUCCUUGACAUGGAGGAGGACGAGUCUAUCUCCAUGAGAAGCAUGGAGCAAGGCAUCUCCGUGGAGGAUUAUCUUAAAGGCAGAGAAAGCCGCUCAUCGAGUUUCAACUGAGCUUGUUCCUUUUCAUAGUAGCAGAACUUUUCUUAGCUGAGCCUGUGAUGGUGAAGACUAUCUUGGGAGACCUGUUUAUGGUUGUAGAUGCAAAUUUUAAUUUUUCGGACCUGUUUUGGAAAUUUUUGCUUUUAUUGGGGCAAAACAGAAAUACAAUAUGUGCAUACCGUCGUCAAUGGUCUUUGUCUUGUACUGUAGUGCUCGUACCGUCGUCGUACGUCUCACUGUCAUUUUCUAGCAUUAUCUUGUUGAUUACAAUUUCAUAUCGUAAUGUUCGAGAAAUUAUAAAUGUAUUAUUUCUCU